CCUCAGAUUCCUGUUCUUGGAUGACAGGAGUGAUGUGGUCUUCUACUGUUGUAGCUCAUCCACCUCGAGGGUUGACGUGGUGUGUGUUCUGAGAUGCUUUUCUGCUCACCACGGUUGUUGUAAUUCGAGUUACUGUAGACUUCCUGUCAGCUUCAACCUGUCUGACCAUUCUCCUCUGACUUCUUCUCUCAUCAGCAUGGUGUUUCCACCGGCAGAACCACCGCAAACAGCCAUGCAACAGUUACUGAAGCUCUCGACCUGUACCUGCAUGAUUUUAUGCAUUGUAGAAUGGAUAAGUGUGAAUAUAACACACAUACACACAUACAGUGGGGUCCAAUAAUAAACAAAUAAACAGAAGGUUUUAGAAUUUUGAAAUAUUUAAAACAAAGAAAGUAAAUGUUCAAUAUGGUUCAAUAUUUAAUACUCAUGAUUCUGUACUAUUUCUACAUCCCUAUUUAAAUGUAAGCAAAUGUGUGAUCUUGAUCAUGUUAACUGCUUUGUACAAAAGGUCAGAUUUUGUUCGUGUCUAAUCUAAUCUCUUCUUCUGAAGCAUGUGAUCAGACGACACUAUUUUAGAUGGAUUUGAUCUAAAAUAGAUCAUAAGGUUUUGCACAAACGUGUGGAGUCCAUCCCAGCUCGAGUCACACUGUCAUUAAAGCGAAAAGGGAACGAACCAAAUCCUAAGAAACUCUGACAAUCAUGUAAAUAUUUCAUUCAUAUACAUUCUACUUUUCACUCAUGUUGUUGUCAAUAAUAUAAUUUGUAAUGAAAAUUGGUGUAUUAAAUUAGAAAAGAUUCCACUGUGUGUGUGUAUGUAUGUGUAUAUAAGCUAAUUAACCACAAAGACAUUUUUAAUAACCUUUUUACCAAGUUUUUACCCAUCUUAAUCAAGGGUGCCAAUUAUUCUGGAGCUGAUUGUAAAACAAGUAUCUGCUAAUGACACAAGUGUUGAAUGCGAAGCAAGCACACGCAGGGGAACAUGUCUGUCAUAUACGUGUCCAACAAGAGGAAAAUCUCAAGGCCUGAAAAAAAGCCUCAAACAGGAGACCCAAAAAUUAUGGAUAAAGUGGUUGCAGUAUGUGGCGGGGUUCCAUCCAUGAAUGAAGAGGCAAGUCCCCAAAAGAUAAAAAGAACAUAUGGCAGGAAAAAAUACCAUGAUCUGCAGCCGGUCUCCAGGAUUCCUGCAGAAGAUGGAUCUUCGUGCACUUCAGUGGUCCAUGCUAACUCAUUGAAUGGCUCUAAAACGCAAGCCGUUGCUUAUGGUCCUGCUACUGCGUGCAGGACAAAGGACAACGUUGGCUCUGGUUUGGAGAUAAUGAGAGAGAGAGUUCCCGUCAUAGUUCCUGUAGCACAGUAUACGCAGAGGAGUCCCUCAGCUAACAGUGCUAAAAGCAGGACUCAGAGAUCUGAGUUCUACUGCGUGAAGAAGGAGACACCCAGUUAUCCUCCAGGAAGUCAAGAGGAGACUUGGCAGCUGCAGAUUCUAGCAAAGGGCCGAGUGACCUGCCCCAAGUGUAAACGUGUAGCGAGGAAAACAGUGGAGGGCCUGAAAAAACACAUGGUAGCCUGCAAACUGCAUGUAUUUAAAUGCACACAUUGUGGGAAACAACUGAAGACUUCAACUGGGAUGAAGUACCACCUCAUGGCUGACCACAAUAAACUGCCCACCCCAGAUGAUGGACGUGGACUGGAUGACCACGCAGUGAAAGAAAAAUUGAGAAAAGUCCUAAAAAGGUUGGGAAAAUUAAAAUGUUCCAAAGAGGGCUGUAGUGGCAGCUUUACCAGUAUAAUGGGCUACGUUUAUCACAUGAAAAAAUGUGGUAAAGCGGAGUCCGAGCUGGAGAAGCUCCUAAUGAACUGCAAGCACUGUGGGAAGCCUUAUCGCUCCAGAGCAGGACUGGAGUACCAUCUAAAAUCCGAGCAUGGUCCGGAACCCCAACAGGCUGAAGCAAAUGGCCAGAGGGAAGCCAGCGUGGAGUGUGAAUCCAGUGGCAGGGCCAAACGCACAUCAGCCCAGGUGGCCAUUUUCCAUCUGCGUGAGAUUGCCAACCAGGAGCUGUUCAAGGAGUGGCCCAAGAGGAAGGUGCAGCGAGACUUGGUCCCCGAUGACAGGAAGCUACGUUAUUCCCGUCCCGGAUUGCCCGCCUUCAGCCAGGAGGUCUUGCGAAAGUGGAAGAAUGAGGUGAAACUGAACAGAAGAAUGCAGUGUCCCAACAAGGGUUGUGGUUGCUACUACACAAGUGUGUCGGGUCUGAAGGCUCAUUUGGGACUCUGCACCCUGGGCAACUUUCAGGUUGGGAAAUACACAUGCCUGAUAUGUAAGAAAGAGUUCAACUCUGAGAGUGGCGUGAAAUACCACAUCAACUCUGUUCAUUCCCAGGACUGGUUUGUGGUCACCUCCAAGGCCAAGAGUUUCACCUCCAACAAAAAGCUCAAGCCAAAGAAGCUUUGCACGCCAAACCCAGCUCUCCUUUUCCCCCAGGGACCCUGCACCUGGCAGGAUACACAGACUCCAGCAGAUGCUACGACCAGUGAGUCCGUAUGCCCAGAAACACCAGAGAGGAAAACGAAAGAUGUGAAAAAAACUAGAAAGUACAAACUGAGAGGGCAGGAGAAAGACUGCAGUGAUAGCCAGAGCAGUAGUAGUGGAAGCGAGAGCUCCAGCAGUGAGUCAGAAGCAGAGGUUCCAGGGAAUGAUGCCUGGAAGCUAAACAAGCCACAACCUCAACCUGAGAAAGCUAAGAAUGACAACCACUAAACCAUUCCUCUAAUACAUGAUGCUUUUUAUUUCCCUUUUCAAGCUUUUGACUUUUUAAAAAUCUGUGGUUUUUAGGUGAUUUCAUAUUAUACAGGGUUCUGACUCGUGGCAUUUACAACAUUUACAGUUUAGCCAUAGCUUUUAUGAUUUUGUCCCUUCACUACUGCAAUAUGGGAGACACUGAAAACUGUGCUUUUCUGCUUUUCAACUAAAGGAGCGGUCAGACCAAACAGGAAUAAAAUUUGCCUGGUGGAAAUACCAAGACAACUUCAUCUAGGUGAACGUGCGAAUUUAGAAAACUAGAAAAAAGGCAGUACUGUGCUGUCUUUGGUUGGUAAAAAAAUGUGCAUAAUUAUUUUAACUGCAGUUUACAGGAAGUUUUAGCUUUAUAGCACCUACAGCUCCAGGAAAACGUUGACGGACAUGUACGAAAGCACGUUAAGUUGUUGGGUGUGCAUGUGUAUGUACAUGGAGUUAUUCAGUAAGAAAAGUUUGGGAGAAAGGUUAUACUUAAACCUCCUCUCUUUCAGCUAAGAUGACGUGUAGCUGCAGCUAGCAUGCGUUCUCCCUGACUGUCUCGGCCUCGUUGUGUCGGUUUUACAUAAUUUCCCUAAGCAUAAUGUAAAAGGUAUUUACAUUUAAAGGUAUUAAAAAUGGUGGUAUGUAAAACAACGACAAUGCAGCAGAAUUUUUCAGGGCUGUUCACAAAACACGAGUAUAUUUUUCUCACUUCGUGGCAGUUCAUGUUAUCUCCUGCACCAAUUCUCCAGAUCCAGAUUGAAUGCAAAGCUUUUUUUUAGUUUGCUGCUGUUGUACAAACCACUUCUGGUUCAAGCUGUAUUGUGUGUAAACUGCUGCAUGUAUUGUUGUCCAUGUGCAUACUAGAGUGCUUUUGACUAGCAGUUUCGUAUCAGUGAUGUUUCAUGCUGUAUUAGCUUUGACGUAUGCUGUUAUGGCAUCUACAUCGUGUUCUUGUAUGCAUCAUUGAGAGGGCUGGGAAACAGUGGACUGAAGAAAGACUGAGGAACAACAGAGUACUAUACUAUAGUAGACUAUAUCAAUAUUGUAAAGGGUUUCAUUCAGAUCUAUGUUUUAAUACUGUAUAUGAUUGAGUGUGACUACUGUGUGUGCAAAAGAACUUUGUGUGCUGGAUCUAAUUUUUAAUACCUGACUUUUUUAAAUGUUAGACUGUAAGAUGUCUACAUAGACUUUGUUAAAGUACUUUAUUAACCAAACCCUAAUAAAUGAAAUAAAAGUUGUAUAUAAGUGUA